ACCUCUGGAGGAAACACACUGAGGUUGGGAAGUAAAGACUCUGACAUUGACCAAGAGGACAGCCAUGUUUACAGCCAGACCAGAAAUCAAGCCGUGAAAGACAAGCGGCGGUCUCCCCCCUCUUCAAGAUCGCCCUCGCAGCGCAACCCUCACCACAGUGGCACCGCGGACGACCAGGAGAGCCCAGAGAGAGUGGUGCAGAAGGAGAAACUACAUGCAGAGCUGAAGCAGGUGUUGAGUCAGAAAAGAAGUAAUUUACGAGAGUCGACCUGCAAACUGGCCGAACCAGAGAUGGAUUCAGAGUCUGCAGAAGAACAGACACGUGUGGAGGAAAUCUCCAAGGCUGUGGAGAUCGUGGUGGAGACGGAGGCGGAGGCCGGAGCCAGCGGCUACAGCGUGACGGGUGGAGGACAGCACGGGAUCUUUGUCAAAGACGUCCUCAAAGACUCUCCAGCUGCUAAACACCUGAGUCUGCAGCAAGGUGAUCAACUGCUGAGUGCGAAGGUCUACUUUGACAACGUGCGCUAUGAGGACGCGCUGAAGAUCCUUCAGUGCGCAGAGCCAUAUAAGGUCAGCUUCCAGGUCAAGAGGACCGUUCCUAAAGCUGACGUCAGCGUCCGGCCAAGAGUUCCCAGCCUGGAGGUCAAAGGUCCCAAGGCCAAGAUGGCUAAAAUGAGUGUGAAAGGCAUGAAACCGUUUAAGAUCCAGAAGAAAAGAGGGGGUCGUUUUGGUCUGAAGAGACUGAAAGAGAAGCGCAAAGAGGAGCUGGUGAUCGAGGGAACGCCCCCGCCAGCUGAAGUUGACGUGGAGUUUUCGCUUCCUAAGUUAAGCCAGAGGAAGACUGACGAAGAGGUCAGAGGAACAGGAAGCGUUGGAAAUGCAAAAAGGAGGAUCAGGUUCCCCCAUAUGAAAGCGAAGGGACGCAGUGGUGCGGGAGGAAAACUGGAACUUGAGGGACAUGAGAGCAUCCCUUCGUCUGAAAUACCUGGAGCUAACGUGAAAGCCAAAGGAAAGGGACACAAGUUUGGGAUCAUAUUUCCCAAGACGAAACACGCAAAGUCGGGUUCUUCCACGGGAAGCGUGGAGCUCAGGCCUCCAGAGAUAAGCGUCCAGCCGCCGUCGGUGGAGGUCAGUUUGUCUGGUAAAAUAGACAAAAACGUGGAGAAGAGAGGCUCAAAGUUUAGCCCCCCAGAUGUGGAGUUUGCCCUCCCCUCAGGAAAAGCCGAGGCAUCUCUGCCCAGCGUGAAGGGAAGCGCGGAGAUCAAGGCUCCUAAAGUAGACGUCAAAGGAGAAGCUGAUGUCGGCAAGGAAGAUGCAAAACUCAGAAUGCCAAAGUUGAAACUACCCAAAAUCAGACUCUCACGCCACUCGGAUGAGAUUGACGGUGAAAUCAAGGUGAGAGCGGAGGGAAUGAAAGUACCUCACGCUGACAUCAAGACUCCAACAGCUGAAAUUAGAGGUGAUGGAGAAUUUAGUGUUCCUAAAGUGGAGGUCACCAAACCAAAAAUUAAAGGAGACGUAUCAGGAAAAGCUGCCUCAGUUCAAAUGCCCUCAGUUGAUAUUUCUUUGCCAAAGGUAAAGGGGAAGUCUGGCACAGGUUAUUCAGUCCAAGGGGUUGAAGGAGCAGGGAAGUCAGAGAUCAACAUGCCUGCUAUCAAUAUCUCUGUACCCGAUGCUGGUCUGGAGUUUGAUUCGGGUCAGAGAAUUCCUGAUGAAGUGGAGGGAACUGUGAAAGGGCCCAAAAUCUCUCUGCCAAAGGUUGACAUCUCCUUACCAAAGAUGGAAGCUCCUGAUGUUGAUAUUAAAGGGCCAGGAGGUGGAGGAAAGUUCAACCCACCUUCUGUUGACGUCUCUUUUCCAAAGAUGAAAUCAGACGGCGCCGAUGUGGACAUGGACUAUUACGUUGGUGGUGACGGAAAGUUUAAACUUCCUGAUUUUGACGUAACUCUUCCUAAAAUGAAUCCACCAGACGUGGAAGUGGGAUUCAAAUUGCCCAAGGUAGAUUUAACUCUUCCAAAAAGCAACGCAGGAGCAGCUGACAGUGAAGGAAAGGGAAAAUUUCAGCUGCCAUCAGUUGAUGUCUCGCUGCCGACACUGAAGGCAGGCGAGGUGGAAGUCGGCACUGAAGGCCAAAAAAUGAAAGGUGGUAAAUUUGAAAUGCCUGGUAUUCCAUUGCCUAAAGGAGAAAUAAAGGGAGAUAUAGAGGGGGACAAAUUCAAAAUGCCUUCGAUAGAUGUAUCUCUGCCAAAACUAAAACAAGAAAGUCACGUAAAAACCCAUAAGCUCGAGAUUGAAGGUGAAAUUCCUGUGCCUUCUGUAAAUAUGUCUGUGCCAAAAGGAAAGGCAGAGGGCGAUGUUGAAAUAGGAAGUCCAGGUGCAAAAGGAGGAAAGUUCAAAAUGCCUUCUGUCAACAUCAAACUCCCAAAAAUGGGAACAGCUGGGGCUGAGGUUGACAUUAAAACUGCGCCUCCAUCAGCAGAUGUUUCUGUACCUAAACCCAAAGGUGAGCUUGACAUUGAAGGAAAAGUCGAGGGAGGAAAAUUCAGCAUGCCUUCUGUAAACAUUUCUCUCCCUAAAAUGAAACUUCCUGAAGGAGAUGUGAAACUAGAAGCUCCCGAACUUCCAAAGAUUGACCUCUCGCUUCCGACAUCAAGGGAACAAGGCAGUGUGGAUCUGGAGGGAAAAGGUGGCGCCAAAUUUAAGAUGCCAACAUUUGACUUCUCAUUGCCUAAGGGGAAAACUGAAGACAGAGAACUAGAUGUUAAAGAACCUGCAGUCAAAGGAGGAGCAAAAUUCAACAUGCCAUCUCUUGACAUUUCGCUCCCUUCAAUAAAACCGCCUGAGGGGGGAACUGACAUCCACACUGAAGGUCCUGAAUUUCACAUCAAAUCACCUACAGCUAAUGUCAAUUUAAAAGGAACCGGGAUCAAAGAAGGAAAAAUGAGUUUGCCUGCAAAAGAUUUUUCUCUUCCAAAAGAAAAAGUAGAGGGGAAGAUAACUGUUGAAGGAAAAGGAGGGAAGAUAAAGAUGCCUUCACUUGAUGUGUCCCUUCCUAAAGUGAAGACGCCCAAGGAAAACAUUGAAAUCGGAGGACAGUCUGUUGACAUCUCACUUCCAAAAGAAAAAUUAGAGGUGGACAUAGGAACUAAAACUAAAGGAGGGCAUUUUCAUUUACCCUCAGUUGACGUUUCCCUACCUAAAAUAAAAUCAAAGCAAGGUGAAAUCAACAUCGAAGGGCCAGAAAUUAUAAGUGGAGAAGUAAAAGCACCAACUAUCGACAUCUCCCCACCACAAGGAACAUUAGAAACUGACGUUGAUUUUGAUGAUAAAGGUAAAAUGGCUGGAUUCAAUGUGCCAUCUGUAGACAUUGACUUACCCACUGUUAAAAUUCCAGUAAACUUUCAAGGUCCAAAAGUCAAGGGUGACAAAUUUGAAAUGCCCAGAAUUGAUCUCUCAUUGCCUAGAGGGAAAAAACACGGAAACAUUGAUAUUGACAUCCACUCUGGAGUAGAUGGAAACUUUGAAAUACUUUCUGGUGAUACUAAACUUCCUAAAGGAAAAGGCAAAUUUGGUGUAAAUAUUAAAGGACCGGAGGGAAAAGCAGGAAAACUCACAAUGCCCAAAUCUAAAGUUUCAGCUCCAAAAUUGGAUGUACCAGACGUCAAAGUGCAAGGACCAGACAUUAAAGGAAAGAUUGAAAUGCCAGCUGUUGAUAUUUCACCUCCUGAAGGAGCAAUAGAAGGAGAUCUUGACAUUGACGGUCAUGGAGCAAAAGGAGCUAAAUUUCACAUGCCUUCGUUAAACAUUAACCUUCCAAAGAUAAAAUCUAGGGAAGCUGGUAUUGACGUUAAAGGGCCUAAAGGUGAAGGAAAAACAUUUGACGUGCCAUCAAUGGAUAUAUCAGCACCCAAAAUAAAAACUCCAGAGGUAGACGUCAGCCUCCAGGGUCCAGAUGUUGACAUUUCACUUCCAAAGCCAAAAGCUGAUUUUGAGAUUGAUGUUAAAGAUGCUGAAAUAAAAGGAGGAAAGACAAAAAUCCCAACAUUUGACAUUUCAAUGCCAAAGGUAAACUUUCCUGAAGGUGAAGUCAAAGUAAAGGGUCCUGACUUCAAGGGCAAGAAGAUUGAGAUGCCAGACAUUGAUAUUUCGCUGCCUAAAGGAAAAUCAGAUGUAGAAACUGAUGGGCAUGGCUGGAAAGGCGGGAAGUUUCACAUACCCUCAGUUGAUUUUUCUCUACCAAAGAUUAAAGCUAAAGGACCAGAGGUCAACAUAGAUGGGCCUGAACUUAAACAAGGAGACAUCAACAUGCCUGACAUUGACAUUUCUCUUCCAAAAGGAAAAGCUGAUAUUGACCUCAAUAUUGAAAGUACUGAAGUAAAAGGAGAAAAAUUCAAAAUACCCAAAUUUGAUAUUUCCCUUCCAAAGACAAACCUUCCAGAGGGCCAUGUUGACAUUUCUCUACCAAAAGUAAAAGGAGAAGUUGACAUUGAUGGUCACAUGGACAAAGAGGCCAAGUUUCAGCUGCCUUCUCUUGACGUUUCUCUCCCUAAAAUAAAAGCAAAAGGAGCUGACAUUGAUCUCGAAGGUCCAGAACUAAAAGGCGACAUCACACUACCAAAAGGCAAAGUGGAGGGUGAUCUAAGCCUCAAAGGCCCUGAUGUAAAAGGAGGAUUUAACUUGCCUACUGUGGACAUCUCAUUUCCCAAAGGAAAAACUGAUGGAGACUUUGAUGUUGAAAGUUCAGAGAGAAAAGGUGGAAAGUUUAAAAUGCCAAAAUUUGAUGUCUCCUUGCCCAAAGUAAGUCUUCCAGAGGGUGAUAUUAGAAUAAAAGACCCAAAUAUCAAGGGAGAGAAGCUUGAGUUGCCAGACCUUGAUAUUUCAAUCCCAAAAGGAAAAGCAAAAGGGGACAUUGAAGCCGGAGGACAUGCCAGUAAAGGAAGCAAGUUCCAAAUGCCCUCAGUUGACAUUUCUCUUCCUAAAAUAAAAGGUAAAGGACCAGAGCUGAGUGGUGAAGUUCAAGGUGGGAAGGUAAAUUUGCCUUCAGUGGAUGUUUCUGCACCUAAACUGAAGUCUCCUGAAUUAAAUGUUGGCCUUCAGGGUCCAGAUAUGAAUGUUGAUCUUUCACCAUCAUCAUUUAAAGUGGAGGGUGAUGUUAACACUGAAGGACUGGACAUAAAAGGAGGAAAGUUCAAGAUGCCAAAAUUUGACGUUUCUUUACCAAAGAUUACGCUCCCAAAGGUUGAUUCCAACAUUGAAGGUCCAGAGAUUAAAGGAAACCCAAAAAUUUCAGCUGGUGAUAUUUCACUUCCAAAAGCUAAGGGACCAGAGAUCAAUUUUGAGGGUCCUGAAAUUGAAGGAGGGAAGAUAAAUUUACCAUCUCUUGAUAUUUCACUUCCCAAAACACAGUCUCCCGAUACAGAUGCUAGUCUCAAGACCCCUGAUCCAAAGGGAGGAAAAGUCAAAAUACCUGCUAUUAAUGUCUCCCUCCCUAAAGGAAAGGUUGCUGGUGACUUUGAUGUUGAGGGCCCUGAGAUGAAGGGUGGGAAGUUUAAAUUACCAAAAUUUGAUAUCUCUCUACCAAAGGUUACUCUCCCAAAGACUGAUGUCAGUGUUGAAGGGCCAGACAUGAAAGGAGAAAUGGAAGUACCAUCUGCUGAUAUUUCACUGCCCAAACCAAAGACAGAUGUUGAAGUUGAUGUAGGUAGUGGUAAAAGCAAGUUUCACUUGCCCUCUUUUGAUAUCUCUUUUCCUACAAUCAAAGGAAAGGAAGCCAAUGUUGAUAUUCAAGGACCUAAAAUCAAGGGUGAUGCGUCACUCCCUAAAAUAAAGUCUUCAGACAUAGAUAUUACCAUCAAAGGCCCUGACAUAGGAGGAAAAGUUGACCUACCAAAUGUGGAUGUUUCACUUCCCAAAGGUAACAUAGAAGGCGAUGUCAAGGCAGAAGGAACUGAAGUGAAAGGAGGAAAAUUUAAGAUGCCACAAUUAGAUGUUUCUCUCCCAAAGAUUACCAUCCCAAAGGUUGACAUCAAUGUUGAAGGACCAGAUAUGAAAGGGAAAAUUGAGAAGCCAACCACUGAUAUUACGCUACCAAAAACAGAUGUAGAUAUAAAUGUUGAAAGUGGUAAAGGAGGCAAAUUUCAUAUGCCCACAGUGGAUUUCUCUCUUCCACGGGUCAAAGCAAAGGGAGCUGACAUUGAGAUUGAAAAACCCGACAUCAAGGGUGAUUUGUCUCUACCUAAAGUAAAGUGUCCAGAGGUAGAUAUCAGUCUUAGAGGCCCAGAGGUUGAAGUAGGAAAGGUAGUUCAACCAACCCCAGACAUCUCAUACCCCAAAGGGAAACUUGAAGGUGGCAUAGAAGUUGAGGGCCCUGAGGUGAAGGGGGGUAAAUUUAAAAUGCCAAAAAUUGACAUGUCUUUACCAAAGGUUAAUCUCCCUGAGGGUGAUUUGAAGAUAAAAGGCCCAGAGUUCAAAACAGGAAAAAUUGAGUUGCCAGACAUUGAUUUGUCACUUCCCAAAGGAAAAGUAAAAGGAGACAUUGCAACUGCAGGACAUGCUGGGAAGGGAGGCAAAUUCCACAUGCCAAACAUUGACAUCUCUCUUCCUAAAAUGAAAACCAAAGGAACUGAGAUAAAUGUUGAAGGUCCAGAAUUUCAGGGUGGAAACCUCAACAUACCUGAAGCUAACAUUUCACUUCCAAAAGAAAAUAUUGAUGCUGACCUCAGCGUUGGAGGUCCAGAAUUAAAAGGGGGAAAAGUAAACCUGCCCAAAGUUGAUAUUUCUCUUCCAAAAUUUAGUCUACCAGAGGGCGCUGUCAAAGUCAAAGGACCAGAUGUUAAGGGAAAACUUGAAAUCCCAGCCGCUGAUAUCUCAACUUCUACGGGAAAAGUUGAGGGGGAUAUAGAUAUUCAGGGACAAAGUGACAAAAAAGGCAAGUUUCAACUACCCUCAAUAGAUAUCUCUCUUCCUAAAAUAAAAACAAAAGGAGUUAAUAUGGAUAUAGAAGUACCCAAACCCAAAGGUGAAAUAUCACUUCAAGGUGGACAAUUUGAGGGUGAUUUAAAUGUUGAAGGACCUCAAGUUAAAGGUAGUAAACUUAAAAUGCCCACAUUUGAUGUCUCGUUGCCCAAAGUCAAUCUUCCAGAAGGUGAGCUGAAAAUGAAAGGACCUGAAAUGAAGGGAGGAAAUAUUGACAUGCCAGAUGUUGACAUAUCGCUCCCAGGGGGUAAAGCAGGAGGAGAAAUUGAAACUGGAAUGCUUUCCAACAAAGAAGGCAAGUUUCACAUGCCUUCAAUUGACAUUACUCUUCCUAAAAUAAAAGUUAAGGGACCCAAUGUAAAUGUAGGUGGUCCUGAAAUUGAAGGAGGAAAAAUCAAAAUGCCUGCUGUUGAUGUUUCCCUCCCUAAAGGAAAGACGGAUAUUGACCUUGAUGUGGAGGCCCCUGAGAUGAAGGGUGGGAAGUUUAAAUUACCAAAAUUUGAUAUCUCUCUACCAAGGGUUACUCCCCCUAAGGCUGAUGCCAGUGUUGAAGGGCCAGACAUAAAAGGAGAAACUGAAGUACCAGCGGCUGAUAUUUCACUUCCAAAAGCAAAGACAGAUGUAGAAAUUAAUGUCAACACAGGUACAAGCAGCAAGUUUCACAUUCCCUCGGUUGAUCUGUCGCUUCCUAAAAUCAAAGGAAAGGGAAAUGUUGAUAUUCAAGGGCCUAAAAUCAAGGGUGAUUUAUCGUUUCCUAAAAUCAAAUCUCCAGAAGUAGAUGUCAGCCUCAAAAGCCCAGAGGUUGAAGGAGGGAAAAUUAACUUACCAGCUGUUGAUAUUUCACUCCCCAAAGGAAAAGUUGAUGGUGACUAUGAGUUUGAGGAUGUUGAGGAUAAGAAGGGUAAGUUUAAAAUGCCAAAAAUUGAUGUGUCUUUACCGAAGGUGAGCCUUCCUGAAGGGAAUGUUAAAAUCAAAGGCCCGGACAUCAAGGCAGGAAACAUUGAGAUGCCAGACAUUGAUUUAUCUCUUCCAAAACCAAAGGUUGAAGGAGAAAUUGACACUGAUGGAUAUGCUAAGAAAGGAGGCAAGUUUCAUAUGCCUUCUAUGCAUCUUCCUGACAUGAAAGCAAAGGAACCGCAAGCCAACUUAAAAGGUCCUGAAAUUGAUGUUGAUAUCAAGGGUCCAGAUGUAAAAGGAGGAACAGGUGGAAAGUUCCACAUGCCAACUCUUGACAUAAAUAUGCCCAAAUUUGAUCUGGACCUAGGCCUUCCAUCUGGGUCAAAGGAUAAAGGCCUUAAAGUCGACAUCAGUGGACCUGAUGCAUCUGGAGAUUUGGAGAUGUCGGGUCUGAAAGGUAAUCUCAAACCAGCCCAAUUGAAGGUUAGGACUGAAGAUGUAGAAGGUCCGGGUGCAUCAUUGAAACUUCCCUCAGUCAAGCUACCAACAGUUGACAUCUCAGCCCCAAAAGUGGAUCUAGACUUUGGCCUUAACAAACCUAAAGGUGAUGAUGUUGAAGUUGAACUUUUGAAAGCAGAGGGAGGAAGACCUUCUUCAGGUGGUAGCUUUGAUUUGCCUGAUGUCUCUCUCAAAGUGCCUAGUUUCACUUUCCCCCGGUUUGGUGUAAAGUCAAAGAGUGGUGAUUUGGAGGCAUCCGGACUCAAGGGAGAUAUUUCCCUCCAUCCGCCAAAUGUCGAAGGAGAGAUGAGGGCACCAUCAGUGGAAUUUGAUGGGGAUGGAAAAGUCAAAAUGAAGAAAGCAAAAAUAAAAAUGCCUUCAUUUGGAAUAUCUAAAAAAGAUACCGAUGUAUCAGUGUCUUGUCCUGAUGUUGAUGUUAACCUGAAAAAAGGAAAAGCUGACCUUCCUCACCUGGAUUUCAGGACUGAGAGCCCAGACAAGGCAAAACAUAAAGUAAAGUUUCCAAAGUUCAAAAUGUCAUCUCCAAAGGUUCAACUUCCAGAAGGAGAGGUUGAUGCUAAAGGGGAAGCUGAAGUGGAUAGAAAGAGUGGCUUUCACGCACCUGAUGUCACUCUCAAGUUACCAAAGUUCUCAAUCCCAGGAUUUGGCUCCAAGGAAAAAGAUUUAGGUAAACCAAGUGGUGAACUUAAAGCCCAGGGCAAAGUCAAGAUGCCUUCCGUUGAGCUGUCACUCCCAGAGGCUAAAACACCAGAGAUGGAGGUUCUUUUACCUAAAACAGAAGUUGAUGUUUCAGAAGCAGAUAUUAAAGGCUACGAAGGAAACCUUAAAAUUCCCAAAAUGCCUCAGAUUGAUGUUUCUAUUCCCAAAGUAGACCUUGAUGCGUCUUUCCCAAAAGGUAAAUCCCAAGAGAUUGAAGGAUCAGGUAUGGAGCUUAAAGGAGGUGACAGAAAAUUCAAAAUGCCUCAAGUAACAAUGCCAACAUUAGAUGUGAGUCUUCCUAAAGGAAAACCUAAAGACCUCAAUAUACCUAAAACUGAAAUAGAGGGUGAUGGAGGGACGUUUAAAAUGCCUUAUGUCAAAAUGCCCACUGUUGAUAUAACUGUACCAAAGGCUGAUAUUUCACUGCCAAAAGCAAAAUUGGAAACCCCUGAAAUUGAAAUAGAGGGGACUACAGAGCAAAAGUUUAAAAUGCCCAGGGUUGACAUCUCUCUUCCAAAGGGUAAACUCCAAGGGAAUGAGGCAGCUGAAAUGGAUGGAGAAAGAGGAAAAAUCAAAAUGCCUCACAUAAAGAUGCCACAUGUUGAUAUCUCUCUCCCCAAGGGAAAAAAUGAAGGUUCAGAUGUGGAAAUCAAAGGAGAAGGGGGAAAAUUCAAGAUGCCACAAAUCAGCAUGCCGUCUGUUGAUGUUUCACUCUCUAAAGGAAAAGUUGAAGGUCCAAAUGUUCAGAUAGAGGGCACGUCUGAAGACAAAGUCAAAUUACCUCAAUAUAAAAUGCCAAAUGUUGAGGUUGUUCUGCCCAAGGGACAGAUUGAAGGUCCCGAUGUAGAGCUCAAAGGAGAAAAGGGAACUUUUAAGAUGCCCCAGAUUGGUAUACCAUCUGUUGAAAUAACCCUUCCUAAAGGAAAGGUUGAAGGUUUAGAUAUUGAAGGCGAUGGAGGAGCAAAAUUCAAAACGCCGUAUGUAAAAUUGCCUUCAGUUGACACAUCCGUAUCUAAAGGAAAAACUGCUGACCCAAAUGCUGGAAUUACAGGAAAUUUGGGAGGAAAAUUCAAAGUGCCUCAUGUAAAAAUGCCAAAUGUGGACUUCUCAGUCAACAAAGGAAAAGCUGGUCCAGAUGUGGAGAUUGAGGGUGAAGGUGGAAAGCUUAAGAUGCCACACUUUAGUAUGCCUUCAGUUGAUAUAUCAUUACCCAAAGGAAGAAUUGAGAGUCCUGAUAUUGAGAAAGGAGAUACAGAGGGCAAAAUAAAAAUGCCUCACCUGAAAAAGCCAAAUGUUGACAUCUCUUUACCCAAGGGUAAUGCUGCCAAAUUUGAAGGAACAGAGUUAAAAGUAGAGGGAAGCCUACCAGAAGUAGCCGCUGGAGACAUUUCUUUACCAAAAGAUAAGACUGCAUGCCCCAACACUGGCAUUAAGAGUGAAGGAGGAAAGUUCAAGUUGCCAAAAGUUGAUAUAUCUCUUCCCAAAGUAAAACCUUCUAUGGAAGCUCCAGAGAUGGACAUAAAGAAAGAAGGACAACUCAAGAUGCCAAAAACAAGUACUGACAAAUCUAGUGGGAAAAUUGAGGUAGAGGGUGGAACUAUCAAACUACCCCAUAUAAAGAUGCCUGAAGUUGAUAUUUCCCUUCCUAAAGGUAAAGGUAGUGAAGUUCCUACUAUGGAGAUGGAAGUUACAGGUCCAGAUGCCAAACUUGCAAAGGGAAAAAUAUCAAUGCCAAAGGAUAAAAUACCCAAACCCGAGCCUGGGUUACAAGUGGUAACACCAGAUCUGAAAGCCGAUUUAAAUAUUGAGGGAGAGAGCAAAGGUAUAAAACUGAAAAUGCCAAUAAUAGAUAUUGAAAGUCCAAAAGAAGAACUGAACAUAGAAUUUCAAAAAGGGGAUGUUAAGAUGGACAAGAAAAAAAUUGUAUUACCAGACCUGGAUCUAAACACAUCAGGAGCCGACAGCAAAGUUAAGAAGGGAAAGAAGGGGAAAAAAUUCAAGAUUGGAGUGCCAAAAAUGAAAGGUGUUGAAGAUGUAACCGCAGAAGUAAAACACAGUGGGGACGGUGGUGUCAAAAACAAUGGCCAUGCUACUGAUAAAUGUCAAGUUAACAUCACAGCACCAGAGGUGACAUUACCAAGCAUUAGUCUCAAAACAGGCUCAGGUACCAAAGGAGGCCCGUCAUCUUCCAGUAAAGAAGUCAAAGUACCUAGAAUACCUGAUAUAGAGUUUGAUAUUGGUACAUCACAAGAUGAAGAUGAUGACAAAACAGAAACGGAGAAGAAAGUCAAGAUCCCUAAAUUUGGGGUCCCAUUGCCCUCCAUCUCUUCUCCUGAAGGAAGGAUGGAUAUCCACGGACCAGAAAUUCAGUAUGAGGGUCCUAAAAUGCCCAAAGUAAAGAAAGCUGUUUUUGUUUUGGUGAAUCCAAAUGAAAUAGAGCAGGCAUCCGCUAGCAUUACACCCCCAAACAAGAAGACAGAAGCUGAAACAGAGACAGAAGAUGUCAAAGUGAAGAUGCCCAAAAUCAAAAAGAAGUCAAGCUUUGGGAAGUCUAAAGAUAAAUCUGAAAGAGAAGCAGAGGAAGAGGAAAAGUCAAAGGGAGCAAAGAUUAAAAUACCCAAAGUUUCAUUUUCAUCAGGCAAAUCAGGGUCUGCUGAUGUCACUUUGAAGGGAGACAGUUCAAGUCUCAAUGGAGAAAAAGCUGAAACUCAUCACAAGGAUGAUAAAGGGACAUUUGGGGGCAAAAUCAAACUUCCAAAGGUGGAGUUUACUAGUCCGUACAGCAAGAUGGCAUCAGGGGAUAAAAUGGGAAAGGACUCUUCAUCAGAAGUAAAGGGUGACCGCCAAGGGGCUGAAACUCCAGACAAAAUGGCCUCAAAGGAAGUGGUGUCAUCUCAUGCCCGAACAGAGAUGUUGGACAGGGACAGUUCAGAGUCUCCACUGGGUUUUGGUGCAGAGUUCACAUCAACGAAGGUUCAGAAGUGGAGCGAGGUGGAGAGCAGAAGCAAAGAGGGAGAGGAAAAGGAAUCUACCUCUUGGUUCAAGGUCCCCAAGUUCACACUGAAGCCCCAUGCCACAGGCUUCUUCCAGAUAACCCCAGAGGGUUCCCCUCAGGCCCAGCGCCGGGGCGAGCUGGGAGGGGAGGUGGACGUCUCCGGAUCCUUCUGUCUCCACACCUCGGGACUCGACUUCGCCAGCCAGCAAAUGUCCGAAGAGCACCAAGUCUCUUCCACAGAGGAGGGAACCGUCACAACGGUCACCAAGACGACGAGAAUCACCAGACACCUGCUUACCACUGAGACUCGGACCGGCGAAUCCUCAGUAACUACUCACCAAGUGUCAGACUUUUAACUACUGAGAAUGCUGUAUUGAUAUCUUAAAUAACUUUUGGUUUUCUUUGUUUUUGUGUUUUUUUUAGACUGAUGAGGUUGCAGUGUUAUUUUAAUGAGAGGGAAAAAUUAAAGUUCAUCUUUUAUAUUUUAUCAGGUUAGGCAUGAUUGUGAUUAAAUACAAGGUCUUUUUAUCAACCAGCGUUACUAUCAGUAUUACAACUAAAGAGUAAUAUAUACUGGCUUUGUAUUUUUCUUUUGACUAUUUUUGUUCAUUUAGUUUUGUUAGGUUUGUCCUAAUUAUUUAUCCAGUUUUGUUCAGUUUUGAUAAACACAUUAAAUAUCAACACGCCAUCAAUUAUUUAUUUUUGUUUAUUCAAAGUGCGAAUAACUUUACGCUCACCAGCAGAGUCGAUGUAGUUCCAACAAGUCUGAACUGGAAGUGAGCCGCGCCACCGAUCCUCCAUCUUGGUAGGCAAGUCCAGCGCAAAGCAUAGGUGAACCAUGGCUUCGAGACCAACAGAAAGAGAGUAGGUUACUCGAAUAAUUGUUUUAAUGUUCUUAUAUUUUUAUAAGUUAGAGAGGAAUGAGGUGAGAGCUAGUUCUAAGCUUGUGGCUUGUUUGUUGUUGUCAUAGCAACUGUCAUGACAGUUGGAUACGUUACCUACCAAGAUGGCUGUCAGCUACAAAGUUCCCGGAAGUGCAACGUCACAUGAGAACUACACAUUGUACCAGAUUUUUUUUCAAGAAACUUAGAAUCAUUUAUGCUGAUCAAUCAAAAAACAUACUGGAUAGAUUUAUGUAAAUAUCUCUAUAUUAUAGCGUUUUUCUUUUUUUUAGUUUUUUUUUAAGCGUUGUCCCUUCAAAGCAAAAUUUAAUUAUUUUCAUAUUCAACAGAGUUGGGGUUUUUUUUGUUUUGUUUUUAAUCUAAUGACCUCCUUUGUUGGUGUUGCAGGAAAAGUGUGAGGUUAUAAAGAUGAUAGGCUGUUAUUUUCUACGUAAGACUUGUACUGAAGGUAUUUAGUUGGUGCUACAUCCCAGAGUUUACCGCUGUGUGUACGCAGGAUGCUCUGGACUCUUCUGCUCUGUGACCUCUGACCUUAUAGUGGCAGAUUCUCUCAAACAUUUAGGUCAACAUGCUGCUAGCCUGUUUAUAUUUUCACUUUGCAUCGCCUGGAAGUUAUUCAACAGUCUCAUGGAUGGAGAUUUUAUUUUUGCAAAAACGUGAAAAUGAGACGAUGGGAAAUUAAGGGAUUUAAUUCAAAGACUUAAACACAAAAAUAACUGUAAAUUUUAAAUUAUUAUAAAUUUUUUGGCUGCUACAAUGAAACUAAUUAAGGAGUGGCAAGCUUUAAUUUACUCAGAAGCCCAAGUGUAGCAUAAUGUGUUUUGUGUGGUUACUGCUACAUAAUAAUAUAAGAAGUGCCUUUAACUGUUACCUUUAUAAAACUGUGUCUGCCAGUAAAUCAAUAUAUUGACCAUUUUCCUUUCUGAAAUGAGGAAAUACUGCUUAAAAUCUGAGAAAGGGAUAUUCAAAAUGUCAGCUGCAAAAUAUUUAAAGCAUCUGAGAGCAAAUUUGUGCUUUUCAUUUGAUUGUUUAGUUUUCCUUUGGUAACUGAAAGGAAGAAACGUCUAGCAGGUGAAAAAACGUUUUUUAAAAAGCAAAGUUAAGUCAAGAUAACAUUGCGUGGGCUCAACUGUAUGUGUACAGAUGUUUUUACCUUUUUGGAUGAAUGAGGUGAUCACAUUUUCUUUUGGAUUUUAAGACUUUCAGAACUAAAUGUUGUGCCAGAGCUGCAUUGGAAAGACAACAAUAAAAUACUAUUCACUCUU